ACGUUGCUCUAUUGAAUUUCGCAUAUCUUUGUCGGCUACUCUGUGAAUUGUUUCAUAAUUUCUUGUUGAUCUUGAAUAUCUAUCGUCAUUUUCAUCAAGACGUGAUCGGUUAUCGAGUUCAAUCGCUAUGGCCGAGGCUGCUCCUAAUGCCGAGUUGUUGGAAUGGGCCAAGAAAGACAAGCGCCGGUUUCUUCACGUUGUGUACCGCGUUGGUGACCUUGACCGCACUAUCAAGUUUUAUACUGAAUGUUUCGGGAUGAAAUUGUUGAGGCAUAGGGAUGUGCCAGAAGAGAAAUAUUCUAAUGCCUUCCUCGGGUUUGGCCCAGAAGAGUCUAAUUUUGUGGUGGAGUUGACAUAUAAUUAUGGAGUUUGUUCAUAUGAUAUCGGGACAGGCUUUGGCCAUUUUGCUAUUGCAACUCAAGAUGUAUAUAAACUUGUAGAAGAUAUUCGAGCCAAGGGUGGGAGCAUUACUAGGGAGCCUGGUCCUGUCAAAGGAGGAUCCUCUGUUAUUGCCUUUGCAAAGGACCCUGAUGGUUAUGUUUUUGAACUCAUCCAAAGAGGUCCUACUCCUGAGCCACUCUGUCAAGUAAUGCUUCGUGUUGGUGAUCUAGAACGCUCUAUAAAGUUUUAUGAGAAGGCCUUGGGAAUGAGGCUAUUGAAGAAGGUUGACAGGCCAGAAUACAAGUAUACCAUAGCCAUGUUGGGAUAUGCAGAUGAAUUAGAGACAACAGUGCUGGAGUUGACUUAUAAUUAUGGUGUGACUGAGUACACCAAGGGAACUGCAUAUGCUCAGAUUGCUAUCGGUACUGAUGAUGUAUACAAGAGUGCUGAGGUUGUCAAACAGGUUCAUGAAGAACUUGGAGGAAAGAUAACCCGACAACCAGGACCACUUCCUGGACUUGGCACAAAAAUUGUUUCCUUUUUGGAUCCUGAUGGUUGGAAGACUGUCCUUGUUGAUAAUGUUGAUUUCCUGAAGGAACUGGAACAGCAGUGAGCUGUGUCUUGAAUAAAACCCCACCAGUGAGCUUAUGUGGUAUCUAUCUGUCAUAUGUUAAAUAAUGUAGAGUCCGGUGAUGGCUCCAACUCCAUAUCUUUCAGAUUUUCUAGUGGUUGUAAGUUGUAACCAUUACCAUGUGUCUUGAAGGAUAUAGCUAUGCUGUGCCCUGGCCUGUAUUAUGCUUUUAAAGCACAAAGCAAUCCACAGCCUCUACUUCUGAGUAGUUUCUAUGUUACUUCACUUACUUCC